CAUUAUAUGUAUUGCAACAGGGGCAACCAAGUUAGUGUAUUCUGUUUGUCAAUCUGCGGAGGCUAUUCUUCUUUUCGAUGUCUGUUAUACUUGUCAUUCAAUUCGGAUAGUUUACUUUCAUCAGCUGACAGAGACAGAUUGUUUACAUCGUGUUUAGUGAUGGAACGUGAACAUUUACGUUAUUCUGGAGUUGGCGGGAUGCACAGUGAUUGUGAAUACAAUCGAAUUGACAAUAAUAGUGAUGAAGGCAUUGAAGAUUGUAGGCCUAUGAUACCAGGUGCGGCACACCGGGAAUUGAAUCAAGAAAGAAGAAUGGCUGAUCUAUGGCAGAAGUUCAAGGUGAUACUCUGGAAGAGUUACAUCCUUAGGCAAAGACACUGGUUCUUGAGCUGCUUGGAAGUGGUGCUACCUCUACUGCUAUAUUACCUACUCACAAAGUAUGCUCCUACAGAGCAAAGUACUGACAAUCAAUACCAUACCUACCCUGUUCAAAACUUUAAGGAUCUGGUUGAUACUUUUGCAGGCUACAAUUUUUAUGGCAUUCGUCAAAUAGCAUACGCUCCUCACACAAAGUUCACAAAAAAUAUAAUGCACCAACUUGAGAACAGUUUGAAUGAGACUUCACUCAAGAAUAACUUCAAUAUAACACAUUUCUUUAGUGAAAGUGACCUGAAUAAGUGGUUGAACAGUGAAGAAGAAGAGUCUAAACUAUCGAAGAUGGUUGGCAUCGCAUUUGGGAACGAAAUUUCUAAAACAAAAUUAAAAUAUGAAAUCAGAGUGUACCAUGAUGAAACAAGUCCUGAAAAUGAAUUAUUUGGUUACAGCUUUUUUGCAGAACAAUAUAUAGAAAACAUGUUUCUGGUGAUACAAAUGAUAUUGGGAACAAAUUUCAUAAAGCAAGUAACUGGUAAUUCUGUACAGAUUGGUGUGCGGAGAUUUCCUGACAAAGGUCAUGAGUUCUUCAGUAUUGCAAAUGCAUUAUUUCCACUCAUGACUACAUUCAGUUUUGUCUUCAUAAUGCCUGCCAUGCUCAAACGAGUUGGAGAAGAAAAACUAAGUGGUAUAAAGGAGUUUCAGAAGAUGAUGGGACUUCAUUCCUGGAUGCAAUGGUUUGGCUGGAUGAUUUACUCCCUCUGUGUUUAUGGGAUCUCCAUCAUCAUCAUCACAAUCAUGUUCAAGUACUCCUGGGCUGAACGGUCCUCUCCAGUAUACGAAAUCGAUGGCUGGCUCAUUGUAUUGUACCUUUUUUUCCUCUUCAUAGUCACAAUGAUUCUCUUCUGCUUUGCAGUCAGCACUUUCUUUACCAGUCCGAACAUGGCAAUGAUAACUGGGAUCCUGCUGUGGGUCAUUCCUCCAUUCACAAUUAUGGAUUCACUUAUAUCCAAUUCUCCAGCCAGCAAAAUGUCUCAAUUUUUUACUUGUCUCUCUCCUCCGGUUUGUCUCUCCUGGGCUUUCACAAUUUUCAUCAAUGCUCAGAAUAAAGGUAAAACAUGGUCAUGGAGUAUGUUUUUUGAGAAAGGUACAACUGGAGGUUUAUCAAUGUUCCACAUAGUGAUUAUGUUCUACGUUGAUUGGGUACUGUUUGCACUCAUCACCUGGUAUAUGGAUUCUGUAAAACCUGGACCAUUUGGAAGAGCAAAACCAUUCUACUUCAUAUUUCAGUUGUGGAAGAGGGAUGCAGAGGUGGUAGGCUCAUCCGAAGCUAACAACCAGGAGAAUUAUGAACCACCUCCCUUAGAUACAAAAUUAGGUAUCAGUAUCCAAAACCUUCGGAAGGUGUUUGGGUCCAAGAUUGCUGUGGAUAGAGUAAACCUAGAUAUCUAUGAAGGUGAGAUCAUGGCUCUUCUUGGCCACAACGGAGCAGGAAAAACAACAACAAUGUCUAUUCUAACAGGUCUGUACUCCCCCACUAAAGGCUCUGUUAUUGUGGACGGCAAGAAUAUUUUUAAUGAUAUGGACAAGUUUCGCCUUAAUCUCGGCCUUUGCCCUCAACACAACUUACUCUUCUCCUACCUCACAGUCAUUGAGCACCUCAUAUUUUUUGGAAUGUUGAAGGGGUUGCCGAGAGACAGAGCAGAAGCUGCAGGACUCAAGCUGCUUGUCUCAUUCCACAUGGCCAAUAAAAGUGGGGAGUUUAUCAGAAAAUUGUCUGGUGGCAUGAAGCGCAAGCUUUGUCUCUCCAUAGCUCUCAUGGGGAACCCUAAGGUAUUAAUGUUGGACGAACCUACUGCUGGUUUGGAUCCAGAGUCUAGGAGGGAAGUUUGGGAUAUUCUUUUAACAUACAGAGGCGCUAGGACCAUUAUUAUUACAACCCAUUUCAUGGAGGAAGCAGAUGUUCUGGGAGAUAGGAUAGCCAUCAUGGACCAUGGGCGAGUUAGUUGUUAUGGCACUUCUAUUUUUCUUAAAAAGCUGUAUGGCACUGGUUAUCACAUACUGAUCUCUAAAGAUGUGGCUAAACCAGAAACUGCUAUUACAACAUUAAUGGAGAGUCAUUUGAAUGAGCCAAAACUGAAGAGCAACUUGCCAACUCAGCUGACUUACAAUGUUUCAUCGAGUGAUGCACCGAAAUUCUCAUCAUUAUUUGAAGCCCUUGAGACGAGAAAGGAUCAUCUGGGUAUCACUGGCAUCAGUGUAGCAUGUACUACAAUGGAAGAUGUGUUUCUCAGAGUUGCAGAGGGUGGUCUUCCAUUUGAUGUGAAGGCAAUUCCAGCAGAAGUAUUGCUGAACACAGGUCCUCCAGUUAAUACAAAAGUACGCUUAGAAGGAUGGCAACUGACUCUGCAACAGAUGAAGGCUCUCAACAUCAAGAAGAUGCUCGUUUUCUUUCGGACUUGGCUAAGCAGUUUGAUAUUUGGUUUGAUACCACUGUUGUCCUUGAUGCUUGUGCUGGGUGGAGGACUGUGGGUGGAAGACGACAGGACUGAUGGUAGCUUUGAGAUGAACCUUGGGUUUGUACGGGGAGACAGUGGUGCCAAUCACCUUCACCCACAACAAGAUCACGGAGGAGACAGUCAGAGUGUAUGUUUGAUUGCCAGGCUAGAAGAGGACAAGUCAUAUUACCGGAAGGCUGUGGUGGCAGCAGAGUUCAAUCGUAGCUAUGUCACAGCACUGUACAAUGCCGUGGCCAUUCACUCUGCCCCAAUAUCCUUGAAUCUCAUCACCAACACAAUCCUCAAGGCUUUCAAUCCCUCAAGCUCAAUUAAUGUAGUCAACCAUCCCUUCAUUGGGAAUCAGUUUUCAGAUAAGGAAGACCUCUGUGAUCCAAGGAAGAUGCAGUUAGCCAUGGGGAUGAACACUGUGACAGCAGCAGUAAGGUGGGUGUUACUGGCUUGUGGUCUCAUGAUCAUCUCUGGCAGAUUUAUCUCUCAACCUCUCCUAGAGCGAGCCAACAACGCCAAACAGCUACAGUUAAUGACUGGAAUCUCCCCAUUUGUCUAUUGGCACAGUCACUUUCUCCUGGAUUUCAUAUUUUACCUAGUUGCCAUAAUCUUUGUUGUUAUUGCCAUCUGGAUACUUGAUGUUGAGCAAACUGUGACACACUCAGGAAAAAUGGGUGUGUUGUUUUUCCUGCUAGUAUUAUACGGAAUCAGUGGGAUUCCGUUCACUUACAUAAUUACGUUCUUGGUCAGAUCAUCAGCCAAAGCUUUUUCACUCUUCUUGAUAUUCCAACUUUUGACUGGUAUAGUUGCCCCUCUCGUGAUGUUGGGACUUGAAUCGAUUUAUUCAGAAAAAAGUACACCCCGCCUGAAAUUUGAUUUGGCGAAUGGCCUUCUAUGUCUCAACCCCCUCUAUGCCCUGACAUCAGCUCUUGUGCGCUUGGUGAAAGUCAUGAUCGAGGUUAGCAAUUGCAGUAAAUGCUCCAUCAUCUGUGAUUCUUCUGCGUUGUUUGAGGGACAUUCUGUUUGGAAUAUUCUGGAGUAUGUGAUCUUUCUAAUGACGGAGUGGAUUCUGUAUUGGUUUAUAAUAUUCAUGAUUGACUUUGGACUGUUGGAGCUGUUUUGGUCCAACGUCAGAAGUAAGUUGAUUGGUCCGAUGUUCAAGUACACUGUUGUAGAUGAUGAUGAUGUAGCAGAAGAGAAACAGAAGGCAAGAAAUUUUAUGCUCAAUAAUGUCCACCCCGAACAGCCAGUCAGAGAUGGGCCAGUGCUGAAAGUGUGUGGGCUAGGCAAGAAGUACAACCGCAAUAUGGUGGCUGUCCACGAAGUUAGUAUUCUAGUGGAGAAGGGGCAGUGUUUUGGCUUGUUGGGGGUUAACGGAGCUGGAAAAACCACCACUUUCAAGAUGCUUACUGGCGAGGAAAUACCAACCGUGGGAACAGCAUCCAUAUUGUCUUAUGAUAUUGUCAAUAACAGAUUAAAGUAUUUGAAGGAGAUAGGCUACUGUCCCCAGUUUGAUGCCAUCAUCGAAGUGCUGACAGGGGAGGAAAUGUUGAGAUUGUAUGCAGGACUAAGGGGCAUAUCUCUCUACAGUAUGGAUAGUGAAGUCAGCAACUGGAUUAAUAUCAUGGGUAAGAUUAUGGGUCAAUUUCACAAGUCCCCAGUUAGUCUGCAAAUCCCAAAUGGAAAGUUAAAACUCUAUCUAAGUUACAUCAUUUUUGUAGGGCACUUACUCAUUAAUUUUACACAUAUAAUGGAAAGUAUUUGGAUUGGUCUUUCAAAUCAAAUCAAAUCAUGCUAUCCUAAAAACUUCUAUGGAUUCUUCAGGCACAGGCAUGGUUGGAUGGAGAUCGUCAGACAACCGGUGUUCCUUAGAGGUGGUUGGGCCACUGUAUGUGUCUCCAACAUCAACUAUUGA